UCCAACUGCCACCCAGUAUUUAUGCAGGUAAGGUGCAGACAGGAUAGCACAGUCAAACCACAGACAGCAUUCAACAACUCAGAACAUACAGUCCAAGGAGGCCGUGAAUCACAGAAUCAUGAAGGUCCUAGUUGUGCUUGCUUUGGCUGUUUUAACUGGUUGCAAUGCCAACCUCUUCUAUGCUGAUGAGCCCAAACCACAACUGGAGCAGCUGACAGAUGCAUUCUGGAACUAUGUUGCCCAGGCAACUCGUACGGCAGAGGACACAAUUCAGAUGAUCAGGAAAUCUCAGCUGGGAGAGGAAGUGAGCACUAGGUUGACAGAGAGUGCCAACGUGGCCAGCCAGUAUGCCGUCACCCUCCAGAAUCAGAUGACCCCUCUGGCUCAGGAUCUCAUGACCAAGAUCACCCAGGAGGCUGAGGUUCUGAGAGAGCGUCUGGAGCAGGACCUGACCACCGUCAAGGGGAAACUGGAGCCUUACACGGAGGACAUGAGGGCCCAGGUUCUGCAGAGGGUUGAGGAGCUCAAGGCUGCCGUGGCUCCCUAUGCUGAGUCUCUUGACUCCGAGUCCCUGAAGACCACCCUGCUCCAGAAGAGUGAGGAGCUGAAGGGGAGUCUGGAGCAGGGUGUGAAGGAGCUGCAGUCCCAGCUGGGCCCCUACACCGAGGAGCUCAGGCAGAAGGUGGACCAGCACCUGCAGGACUUCCAGACCAACGUGGCCCCCUUGGCUGCCGACCUCCAGACCCAGCUGGCCCAGAGAGCCCAGAUGGUUCAGCAGAACCUGGCACCCUACGCGGAAGACCUGAAAGGCAAGCUGGACCCCUACGCCCAGGACCUCAGUGCUCAGCUCACCUCCCUCUAUGAGUCCUUCACUAAAUCCAGCUAAAGACACUCUGCUAUUUUCAUGCUUCAGUAAUUUAUCAGAACUUGAUUCAGAGCUAUUUCAUUCAGUUGCCUUUUUACAUUGUGUUAUGAAUUUAUUUAUUUAAGUGUGAUGAAAAUGUGGUAAUAUGUAUAAAUAAAACAUGCAAAUUAACUUUUA